UACCAGCCCGAUGCUAUUCGGAAGGAAGUUGCCAAACGAUCCCGUGCAACAAUGACGAGAGCGGCGUUAGUCGGGAUUUUAAUACUAUUCUCGAUUUCUAGUGCGAACUUAGUCGAAACCCUGGUGCAUAAUAACUUUGGAAAAUUUCUGGGAACCUUGACCGCGGUUAAACAAGUGAAAAUACCUGAACUACUAAAUCAGUUGUGUAACCAGUCGCAGCAAGGUACUAAUGCGAAUAUGCGACGCGACGCUUGUUAUGGAUGCUUCUUUCGCGCGAGCAUCUUACCACAGGGCUUCUCUAUGCUAGCAGCCAUGUCCACGUGCGCCGACGAGUAUCUCAAUAACACCAGUUACGGCCACUGUCAGACUUAUUUGCGAAACGCGACCAGCAUGCCUAAUACGCGAAGUCCUAUGUUAAUUUACUGCUCGUUCCUAGAAUGCAUUCGUCAAGUCAAUAAGAAUAGUUUGCUUAGAGAGUGUGUCGACGAGGCCGCAAGAAUGUUACCUAACUUCAACAUCAGCUACGCAAACUACACGAACAUGCAGCUCGCGCAAUUGUUCGUCAACACUACCGCCUGCGUGCUAGCGAAGACCCGUUGCUCCUACAUGAACCCGGUGACCGGCGAGCUUCAUGAUGAUGACAUCGUCAACAAAUUACACCUACCCUCGCUCAACGCCGUCCUCGUCAACACCGACUACGAUAUCAACAUCGUGCAGCUGCCGUUCCGUCACGGUAGCGUCGACGUGUGCACGAAGUAUAGAAACGUCCAGCAAGCGACUUGGCCCAGUGUAGAGUGUUAAUUUACAAAUAGAUAUUAUCGCGCCAAGAGAUCGGCGGUAUCUUAAAUGUUAAAUGAAGCGCGGGAUCGUUUUACCAAAGCGACCGUUGCAGAAUGAGAUUACUAUCGUUCCACCGUUGUUCGCAAUAAAGAUUUCUAUCCGUUGG